CAAAAUUUUUAUUUUAACAAACAAGCUGGUUUUCAUAUGUGUUUAGUAACAAUGAAAUAAUAGACUGCUUUUUAUAGCACUUCCUACAUUCACACUCCAGUGAAGCAAACUGGGUUCAGGAAUACUUUGGCACACAGACCACCAAACACUAACUUUCCCAUCAGCAGAUGAUUUGUUUAUGAAUGACUUGGCUGUGGCUCAGGUCUGUGCCUGGGCUAAUACACCUGUGUGACACCACGCAUGACGCAUACAUCCGUAUCUGCAGUUGUACAAGUUUCUGUGUGUCUGUCGGCUCUGCGUGGAACGACAUCCUGGCUCCUUACAUCACAGUGUCCUCUAAAGACACACACAGACACACACGAUCUCCUAACUGUUCUUUAGACAUCAUUCUGGGAUCUUCUCUUACUCGCUGUCACUCUCAUCCAUUUGACAUUCCUCACCAAGGGAGUGACCCGAACUAUAUCAAACUCUUUCCUCCCUUAAACUGUUCUUGUGCCCAUUUUCUGUUUCCACAUGAAGCCAACAGCAUUCUUGCUUAUGUAUUCUUGUUGUCCAGGUGUGAGAGUACACAGUGAAGCGCUGUGGGUACAGUAUCCUGUGGGUACAGCAUCCUGUGGGUACAGCAUCCUGUGGGUACAGCAUUGGUGAGGAUCCAGUGUGGGGGAAGCAUGUCUUGAGGCUUCUCGGAUGAGAGGUGAAACGUCUUCAAGCAACUUAAAGAAGCCCAGACGCUUUUCUUUCCAAGCUCCUUAGACUACGAUGACCUGGAGGACUGAGAACCUUCACAGACAUAUUAGUUCACUAAGCCACUAAGUUAAGCUUAGCGAACAGAAAGUUCGGAUUGGUCCCAGUAGAAACUAGAAACAACAGGUUUCUGUACAUGAACCACAGAAGAAACACUGUAGACAAACAGCUUUGCAGUUUAACUAACAUCUAACCUUAGUAGAGCUUGACUGUUAGAAAAGCACUUUCUGCUAAGCGAUCGUCGUUCUCACUCGGAUUCAUUCGUUUGUCUUGAAAAGGUGUUUUAUUUUUUUCCUGCUUUACCCGCCUUUGACUUCAACACUGUGAAUGACCUUCACAAAGCCUGACUAACUAUUGCUCACUUAAAUGGCACAGUCUGGCAUCUUUGGAUCCUCUUGGAGCGAUUCACGACUGUGUUUUCUAUGGAAACUUGUUUAUUAAAUCCGCGGACAUCCCGACCAUCAGUCCGCCUGCUCUCUCUGAAAAUAACCUUGAAACAAAUGUGCCAUCAAGAUCACAGCGAGGUGUAUGAAUGUGAAUGCGAGACAUGUGACGGAGGCAGGUGAGCCUCGCAGGUGAUGCUAAUCCCCCAAGAAGAGUGAAUGCAAACGUCCCCUCGCUCUUACAUAAAAUCUCAGCGCACUCCACAGGACUUCAUUGUGACCUCCUCCCGACUCAACUCUCAGGACGAGGAAUGUCGCCGCAUUGACGCUGCGUCACGUCCAGUUUGACCAACUGUCAGGCGUGGGUUGCGUAACGGCGUGGAAAACGCCAAGCGGAAGUUCUUAAGCCAGAUAUGGAUUGGUGGGUGGCGCCACUACGCCAGAGCCGUUGGAUGGGAGGGCUCCGCACUAAACACGUGACUAAUUUGAUGCUGCAUUCAGGUGGUUGUCAUAAAACAAUACAAAUGUAGCUUCAUUCUCUCAAACUAAAUGCAGCAGGCGGAAGCUAAAGAGAAGAAGCAUCGUCUGUGUGUAACGACAGCACACAGGUAGUCCGGUAGUAUACAGACUCUAUGGACUGCAGUAGUGAAUAUAACGUCUGACUCACAUGAUCACAGGCCGGAUUAUAAACUACUGCCGUGACGGAGCAUCGUGUCGUGGUCGCUUUUGUUUGGUUUCUUAUUUCAACUUAUCGCCGUUUCUUUGGGUGCUCAACUUAACUUAACUUGUAUCCGACGUCAGUGAAGGCAACACAGCUUCCAAAGGCCACCGUGAGACGGCGUCACCCCGAGCGAGAGAGGCCGGUGUUUGUUUGUGGUGCCAGGACAAAAUGCUGAAUCCGCAGAGGUCUCUGUCGGAGCUCCCGAAGACGUCGACGGCCAGUCAGGUGGAGCGCGUUGUGCUGGAGGAGGAGUUCAACUGGCUGCUUAAAGAAGAAGUGCACGCUGUCUUAAAGCAGCUCCAAGAUGUUCUCAAGGAGGCAUCCAGACGUUUCUCCAUGCCGACACCAGGCUUUGAAAAUCAGCUGAAGCAGGAGAACUUCAUCCUUGGCAGCUCAACCAGCAUGGAUCAGGUGAAGGGCGUGCUGACUCUGCAGGGGGAGGUGCUGACUCAGGCUGAUAUCAACCUGAAGGUUGCAAAGAGCAGCCAAGUGUUGCACUUCCAGUUUAGAGAAGACAAACAGUGGAAACUGCAACAGAUCCAAGAUGCCAGGAACCACGUGAACCAGGCUCUGCAGCUGCUGAGCAGCCGUGACGAGAGCUACCACUUCAAGUCUGGGGCUGAGGUCAACAAGCUCAUGGAUGGAGUGAUGCUGCAGCUUACACGAGCUCGAAACCGCCUCACUACCCCGGCCUCCAUGACGCUGCCUGAGCUGGCUGCCAGCGGUUUGAUGAAAAUGUUCUCUCCUCCCAUACCCGGGGAUGUCAUGGUCAACUUUUACAUCAACUUAAGCAAACUGUGUCUGACUGUGUACCAGCUCCACGUGCUGCCUGCUAACACCACCAAGAAUUUCAAGCCUGCUGGGAGCUCAGUGCUGCACAGCCCUGGAGCGAUGUUUGAGCUCAACAACAACCGGUUUGAGGUGAGCCAUGUUCACAAAGUGGAGUGUGUGGUACCUUGGCUGAGCGACACGCUGGUGUUCUUCACCAUAUCCCUGCAGCUCUGUCAGCAGCUGAAGGACAAGAUCUCGGUUUUCUCCAGUUUCUGGAACUACAGACCUUUUUAAUCCUGCAGCCCGUCAUCCUCCAGGCUCCGCUCGGACUCGCACUUAGCACUCUGUUGUAAAGGAAGUGUUCAUUAUUUUAGCUAUUUGAAAUGCAGUGUGAUGUCAGAGCGCUAAAGCUCCGCCCCCAGUGAUGUUAGCCCAGAUAGCAGACAGUCCCGUCAGUGCGUCUCAGUACUGCCGUGUGGAUUCAUGUCAUUUGGUUCCCUUUAAUAGAAUUAUUUAUUACCCACACUCACAUUCCUGAUUGUGUUUGAGUUGUUUUGUAGAACACUAAUUUUGUACUAAAAGUACGUUUCUUGUACUUGUUCUGUCCCAGCAUGGUGAUCGCUUUGAAAGCUUCCUCGUAGUAAAGUCCUGCCCUACUACUGUGGUACUGGUACUGUGGUACUGGUACUGUAGUACUGUGGUACCGUAGUACUGUAGUACUGGUACACAGGUGGACACCACAAGCCUGUGACUGUGUAAAAUGCUCAGAGUCAAACAGUCUGCUGCCACUAACAGCAUCAUCUAUUCACUCUGCUGCAUAGCAUUAACCUCACAUGCAGCAGCAGUGCUGCGUGACAGUGCCUGUGCAUUACUGUUAUGAUGCACAUGGAAAAGGCAGUUUCAGUGGCUGCCAAGCGCAUCAUGUUGGAGUGGGAACAGGAGGAGGAAUCUGUGAUGAAGGUAACAGUUUUCUGUAUUUUUGAUGGGACCAAGAACGUAAACAAAGGAGGAAGGUCUUUGAAGAAGCUCCUGUUCCGUUUCUCCUGCCGUAGCACCUUUCUAAUCUUCCCACAGGAAACAAACCUGCUCCACAGUACGUCGAGGACGGGGCUCUGCUGGAGGCUGUCAUCACUGUACCAGGUCGUUUGGGGUGUAAUGAGUGGCAGUUUGGACAUAGAUGUCAGCUGCUCAGCUCAUUUUACCUGUCACUAGCUGAUUGGCUGACCUGUGUAUGUAGAUACUGAGAUGCUUCUUCACAGAGCUGAGCUCUAAUUGAUCCUGUUUCCAGUUUUAUAAGGUGCACAAUCAACAGAGGAAGUGUUGCUCUAGCUCAGCCUCUUCCUCCGAAUUAUUCCCUCAUUCAGUAUGUGGGUGUGUGGGACACAGUAAGAAUCAAACGUUGUUGUAAUGGGUAAAACAUCUGUUAGGAGUGAUAUCACGAACAUGCCACAGUCUCCCCCUGUGGUCUGCUUUACAGAGAACCACGCACGGCGUAUAUUUACACGUGUCAUGGCUCCUCCAGUCUGCUUUGGUUCAGAUUGUCGCGCAGUCCUGAUGUGCUGUGUUUGUCUGCUUCUGCACACCGGCCUGAGCUCAGUACAGAUGGCAGCACGUUUGUUUCAGAACAGCAGAAGCUGUAAGAAAACCCGACGAGCAGGAUGAGCAGAAACACAUUUGUGCAAACUGAUGAACACAAACGUGGCUGGAGCAGGGCCCUUCAUCCCUCGACCUCACAUUCCCUCUUUGUUACUACAUGGAUUUAUUUAAAUAAGCUACCUGUGACAUCAUCUGUUGCUGUUUGUAUUCGUCUCGUGUUGAUUUUCUUUGAACCAAAUACUAUUGUAGACAUGAACAAAUGACUUCUUUCCACUAAGUAUUAAUGUAUUUAAAGAUGCCUGUCAUGUAAAAUGUGGAAUGUGUGCAAUUAAACUUUCGUCCUGAUGAACUCUCUUUGGUGAUCUGAAGAUGCAUGUAAUAAAAAAGUCAUCACUGAA